CCUGCACUUGGUCUUUUCUUCUGUGAGCUUGGUGCAGGUCAGAUCAGCGGUUGGUUCUCUUUUAUUGGGUGUCUUUCUGCUCUCUUUAAUACGAUUGUACAGAGUUCGUUGAGGUCUUCUCUUUGAAAAGAUGGGUUUUUUUGGUGGCAAGAAGAAGGCGGCGCCUCUAGAAGAAGCAGCCGAAGUGCGGGGUGCGGAAAGUUCAACCAGCGCAAUACUGGAGAAACCAAAAGAAAUUGAGCGGUCUGCUGGAGCUGGGCCAAACGUUGCAGAGGCCAGCGAAAAGGUGGAGGAUGAAAUUUUAGCAGGGGUGCUCGGGGGAACCAAAAGGAAGAAGAAAGAAAAGAAACUAGAGUUGACAACAAGCGUUUUUGAAUUUGGGUCGGCGGGGGGCAACAAGGGGUUGACGCUGGCUGGGUUCUGUCCAAUCUCUGACGAGCACGAGCCGUGCAAGUGGGAGGCGAAGGCAAUGCUUUGGCCUGAACUGAAGUGGUCUAGAUAA